AUGGACCCCACCAUGGAGCUGGCAGAGGACCCCAGGUUCCCCCGCCCGUUGGUGGAGAUGCUGAUCAGGAACUUCAGCGUGCCAGCAGCCUGCUUCUCCCUGCCGCCCACCUCCUGGCAGCUGCUGCAGCAGCUGGACAUGGCCCAACUUGCCAUCAUGGGCCUCGCCACCAUCAUGACGCUGCUGUCGGUUGCGAUCUUCGUGGAAGAGGCUUUCUACCUCACCCGCAAGAUCCGCUGCCCCAUCAAGAUGAAGACCCUCCGCUGGAGCAGCUCAGCCCCUACGGUUGUGUCUGUGGUCAGCUGCUUUGGGCUGUGGAUCCCACGCUCCAUGAUGGUGGUGGAGAUGGCUACCACGGCGUACUUUGCCAUCUGCUUCUACCUCCUGAUGCUGGUCAUGGUGGAGGGCUUUGGGGGGAAGGAGGCGGUGCUGAGCACCCUGAAGGACGUGCCCAUGGUGGUCAGCACUGGGCCCUGCUGCUGCUGCUGCCCCUGCCUGCCCCGAAUCACCAUGAGCAGGAGAAAGCUUCAACUGCUGAUGCUGGGGACUUUCCAGUACGCCUUCUGCAGGGUGGUCGCCGUCUUCCUGGGGCUGGUCCUGGCCGCCGACGGGAACUACAACCCUGCUGACAUCUCGGCAGAGAGCGUGGCCCUCUGGAUCAACACUGUGGUUGGCGUCUCCACCCUUUUCGGGCUGUGGGCCCUGGGCAUCCUCUUCCGGCAGGCCCGGCUGCACCUGACCGAGCAGAACAUCAAGGCCAAGUUCUCCUGCUUCCAGGUCCUCCUCCUCCUGACGGCACUGCAGCCCGCCAUCUUCAGCAUCCUGGCCAACAAUGGCAACAUCGCCUGCUCACCGCCCUUCUCCUCCAAGGCCAGGUCGCAGCAGAUGAACAUGCAGCUGUUGAUCCCCCAAACCUUCAUCUUGGCAGUGGUGACGCGGAUGUAUUACCGCAAGCAGGACGACAAGCCGGGCUACCAGCCCGUCAGCUUCACACCCGCAGGCACCGAUGUCAAGGCAUGA